CGCCAUCCCCAGCUCCAUGGCCGCAAGCCAGAAGCUGCUGGAGCAUCCAUCCAUCCUUCCCAUCCUGCUCUCGAGCUCCAAGCCUCCAACCCGACCGCGCCUGCUCAGCUAGCCGGGGACGAACCGAGCAGCAUCCAUGGCCGUGUUGGUGGCGAGGCAGGGGCGCGAGCUGCAGCGCUACAGCCAGCGCACCGGCGGGCGCAUCGUGGUGGGCUGCAUCCCGUACCGCGUGCGGUGCGACGGCGAGCUGGAGGUGCUGGUGAUCACAUCGCAGAAGGGGCACGGCAUGAUGUUCCCCAAGGGCGGGUGGGAGGAGGACGAGUCCAUGGACGAGGCCGCCCGGCGCGAGGCCCUCGAGGAGGCCGGCGUCCUCGGCGACACCGAGCCGGUGCUCGGCUUCUGGCACUACAAGAGCCGCCGCUACGUCGACCAGACCUACGAGGGCUUCAUGUUCCCGCUCCGCGUCGCCGACGAGCUCCACCAGUGGCCCGAGAUGGCCUCCCGCAAGCGCACCUGGGCAACGGUGAACCAGGUGAUGGACGGGUGCUCGCACUGGUGGAUGCGGGAGGCGCUCGAGAAGCUCGUCGCCCGGCACGCCAUGGCCAUGCUGCAGUCCGCUCUCUGAUCCGGAGAGGACCACGCCGCCGGCGUACUCCCGCAAGAAAGGAUCGGCAGCACCAACCCCCACGCUGGGGCGCGCGCGCGCGUCGUCACGCCUCCCUCGGUGCAGCGGCAGGCCGGCCGGCGCUCCGGCGCUCGGAUUUGGUCGCCCUCACCGGAGAGACGGCGGCGCGCCGCGCGGGUGGAUGCUGGCGGUGCUUUCUUGACUCCUCCUGGGACGCGGAGUCGUCGCUGCGGCAGAUUUUAAAAUAAUCUUAGCGAGCAAAUGAUUGGACGAAAUGUGAACAACACCAAACAGGACACAUCAUAGAGAGCAGCAGCGCAUGGGAAAAAAAUCGCGAUUCUUUGCAGUAACAGAACAAAGUGUAAAUUAGUGCUAGUAACUUCGUUUCUUGGUGCCAGAAUUGAAUGAAACAGCUGUUCAAAAGAAACUUUCCACACUUAA